ACCGUAAGGUCACUGAGUGCAGAAGUAGAGCCGCGGCCCUUGCCGAGCUUUGCUGAAAAUGCAAUCCAAAACACACACCACAACCGAUCGACAUGGCUAUAGCCUGCGCUUCUCGCCUUUCGAGGCCAACUACUUGCUGCUAGCUACAAGCCAAUUGUACGGUCUGGCCGGUGGUGGUUCUCUCUUUCUUCUCAGCCAAAACUCGACUUCAGACGGCCAGAGCCCCAAUCUGAGUGAACUGUGCCGUCUGGAGUGGUCGGAUGGUCUGUUCGACGUCGCCUGGUGCCCCUAUGCCGCCGAUGUGGCAGCCACAGCCUCCGGCGAUGGCUCGCUUCAGAUCUGGUCCGGUUUGGAUGCCGAGGCGGCCGAGGGCCAGGAGACGCCCAAACAGCCGCUGAUCUGCCUGCAGGAGCACAAGAACGAGAUCUACAGCCUGGACUGGGGCGAGCAGUGGAACUACCAUACGCUCCUAUCCGCCAGCUGGGACCGCACUCUGAAGCUGUGGGACUGCAACAGACAGCACUCCAUCACGACCUUUGUGGGGCACAGUGAUUUGAUCUAUUGCGCAAAGUUUUCCCCGCUGAUCGCGAAUCUCUUUGCAAGCGUGAGUACCGACGGGCAGUUGAACUUAUGGAAUUCCCUUGAUUUUGCAGGUAAACCCCUGAUGAGCAUCGAGGCGCAUGCCAGCGAGGUGCUCGCCUGCGACUGGAGCCACUUUGACCGGAACAUCCUGGUGACUGGGGGAUCGGAUGGCCUCAUCCGAGGCUGGGAUCUGCGCAAGAUGCGGACGCACGUCUUUGAGCUGUACUCGGGAGAGUUUGCCGUCCGACGUUUGGCCUGUUCCCCGCACUCGUCGACGGUUUUGGCAUCGGCCAACUAUGAUUUUACCACGAGAAUUUGGAAUCUGGAACGGGGCGAAUCCCCACAGGAGAUCAACGAACAGCACACGGAAUUUGUUUGCGGCUUGGAUUGGAAUCCCCAUCGUGCCCAUCAAUUGGCAGACUGUGGCUGGGAUUCUCUGGCCAAUGUUUAUACCCCGAAAUGCCUCAUCCAGGACGGGGCUGCCUAAGGGAUCCUCUAGAGAGGAACUGGAAGUAUACUCGAUACGAUAUGUGAUAAUAGCCAGGCCUACAGACCGCAAGACGAUAGAUAGCCCAGCUAUAAACAGCCUCUAAGGAACCAAAGACGGUAGAAGACAGACAGAAGAUCGAUCCACGAGGAAACGAAGAAACGAGGAUCAAAAGGAUCAAAAUGAUGUGUAAAUAGUUGUGUGAUAAAAACCGCAUGCAGGUGCUGCUGCUGCUUCAAUGUCAAUAAAAGCUUACCCUAUAUUAUAU